CAGGUCCGGCGUACACAGCUGCCAUCCAAUGUGGGGAGUGCGGUUUUCCGUUGUCGCCGAGACCUCCUCCUACCCGUUUCACGUCAGGUAUAAAUGAGGACGAUGGCAUACGAGUAAGACACAAGACCUCUCCUAUCACCAUGUCUACUGCUAUCCUUCCAGCUUCCAUCCCGAGCACGCUGCUCACGCACGACCUUGGGCAAGAGUCCCAACGCGAAAUCGGGCAAAGCUCAGCUGAGACCACACUUUACUCGUAUCCUCAGCCUAAAUUCUCCUUUGAGCCGAGCCCUGCGGAACCCAUCUUGUAUCUUCCCCCUAUCCUGUCUCUAUUGCCGCUUGAAUACAGGCAACCUCCAACGCCUCCCACAGAAAGCCCAAAUCGUGGGCCGCACACCCCGCUCUCGACGGAAUCGCAUUUGCCGUCCAUUGACGAAGCCUCGCUUGCACUUCACCAUGCACUGCACAGGUUUCGCGCAGUGACACCGGACUAUGCCUUGCUGCCAUACCCCGAGGCGUUCAAUUGGGACGAGAUCGAGCUCCCGGAGGAUGCCGAACACGAAUGGUACUGCGUUGUCUUCAACAGCAAACGCCGUGCUGGGAGUGACGGUGGCGGUCUGUACUCCGCUGAUCGGCUGGCACACGAAGAAGCUGUACAGAACGGAGGGCUGAUCAUGUACUGGUAUGGCACGCCACACCCAAAGACAGGGAUGAACCUCGCCACUUGCAUCUGGCAAUCGCGGAAAGACGCGAUAGCUGCGAAUUCCCGGCCCCAUCACAUCCGUGCUAUGCGCCUUGCCGCCGCUUCGUACGACCAUUACACCUUGAAGCGCUACUGGCUGAGCAAGGUCAAGGGCGAGCGUGGCGUUGCGGUCAGGCCAUUCGAAGCAACUGACACAUAACACCGAGGC